CCGGGAUCGGUGUAGCUCGCUCUCGCGCUGCGGGGAGGAAGUUGGAGGGAGAUGGACUGAACUCUCUGUCCGUGGAGCAGCGCGCAAGUUGUCACCCGUCCGUGAGAGGAGGAUAGUUGGAAUGAGCCGGCCCAGAGAUGCCUUACGUCGACCGACAGAACCGUAUCUGUGGCUUCCUGGACAUUGAGGAGAUCGAGAACAGCGGCAAGUUCCUGCGCCGCUACUUCAUCCUGGACACAACACAGGGCAGCCUGGUAUGGUUCAUGGACAACCCGCAGAACCUGCCCCAGGGUGUGGAGAUGGUCGGGUCCCUGAAGCUCACGUACAUCUCGAAGGUGAGCGAUGCCACCAAGUUGAGGCCCAAGGCUGAGUUCUGCUUCGUCAUCAAUGCGGGGAUGAGGAAGUUCUUCCUGCAGGCCAAUGAUCAGCAGGAUCUGGUGGAGUGGGUCAGCGUCCUCAACAACGCCACCAAGAUCACGGUGCCGCGGUCAGGAGAAGUACCCCCCCAGAGCAGUGAGGCAGCGAUGGAGCUCCUGGGCUCCCUGAAGCAGGUGUCCUACAAGACCGAGAUCGUAGGAGGCGUCCCUAUCAUCACUGCCACUCAGGAGAAGGGAGAGGGCCAGAAUGGAGCAGAGAGGGGGGUGUUGAGGAAGCCCCCAAAUCAGCCCUUCUUCCUCAGCCGCCAUGAACAGGAGCAGGUCGUCAAGGCGGGAUACUGCGUCAAACAGGGCGCCGUGAUGAAGAACUGGAAGAGGAGGUACUUCAUGCUGGAUGAAAACACCCUCAGCUACUACAAAUCAGACCUGGAAAAGGAGCCUUUGCGUGUCAUCCCAUUAAAGGAGAUUCACAAAGCCCAGGAGUGCAAACAGAGUGAUCUGAUGAUGAGGGACAACCUGUUUGAGCUGGUCACUACCUCGCGGACCUUCUUCAUCCAGUCGGAUAGUCCAGAGGAGAUGCACAGCUGGAUUAAAGCUAUCUCAGGAGCCAUCGUCGCGCAGAGGGGACCGGGACGCUCCGCUGCCACGAUGCGCCAGACUCGUCGUCUCUCCAUUCCGUGUGUACAGAGGUACACACUCCGAUCUGAUGAGUAUAGCACAGGAGUGAUGAGCAGCAGUCGGGGGGGUCAGUCUUCUACUGCAGCCUGCAGAGCCCCCCCGCCCCCCGCUCGCCCAUCUCUGUCCCAGAAUGCACUGCUGCCGGGGAUGGGCCUGGCGUGGGACAGCAGCGAGUUCCGGGGGCUGUUGCCGGGGGCGCCCAGGAGCAGGUUGUCGCUCCAGGAGACGGCGCGGCUCUUCAAGUGACCAUGGCGACGGAGGACGGAGGAGAUGACCGCGCCGAUCUGCUGUCAUGGCAACAGAAUGACCCCUCCACACAGACCACGGAGGAGUUGUAUGUUACCGAAGUGUGACGCACGCGCACACACACACACACACACACACACACACACACACACACACACACACACACGUGACUCCUACUCUAUAUAGAAUGACACACAUAUAAACAAACACGCACAUACACACACACAUGACUCAUACACCAUAUGAAAUGACACACAACACACACACACAUUUGUAAACAUUACAAACAUUUGACACAUGCACACAAACUCAUUUAGGUUUCUAGGACACACACUGUGCGGUCCUAAACAUCCAGUCUCAUGUUGAACUGUCUCUCACACACACACACACACACACACGCACACACACGCACACACACACACACACACACACACAGUGACCAGUAUCCAUUCAGAACUAUAAGGGACUGAAGUCUCUGAACACUGUCUCACACACACUAACCUCGUGGAGAAGUUCUUUUAUGAAACGUAAUGCUCCAAGAGUAUGUGAUUUUUUUUACGGUGUGUAUGUUUGUAAUAUUGUCUAUCCACUGCUAUGUUUAUGCUUGGGCUUUACUGUAGGUGUCUUCAUGGAUGGAAAGACAGAUGAAUGAGUGAGUGAGUGAGUGAGUGAGUGAGUGAGUGGAUGAACUGCUAAACGGUUUGUAGUUUGUAGUUAGUUUUUUUGUGUUCAUCCUCUUCCUCCUUUUCCUCUCGGGUGUUUGUAUCUUAGUUUGUUGUUGAUUACUUAGCCAGAGUGUGUUAGUUUGGAUGGAUUUGAUUGUUUUUUUUUUUUUUUUAGUAAAGUAAAAUGUUAACGUUAAAUCCUUUAUCCACUUUUUGAAUAAAUUGCAGACACCUGCUAGAGUUACACCUGGGGUACACCAGGUCCUCAACUGAAGCGCAGUAUAUAAAAACACCUUUCGAAGACUGCUGUACUCUAUUUUGUUUUCGAACAUACGCACCGCUAUCACAUCUGAGGGGCGUUCAAAUUUGGCAAACAGUGGCAAACGUUCGUGGUGAACAUGUUUAAUUUUAACAGUUCAAUUUGAACAAUUUGGUGUUAACAUUCCAUUGUAAGGGUAAUUGCAUUGUUGCAUUCGUCAAACUCACGGUUCCACUGUAUGUUCGCGGAGCACUACCUCCUCAGACUGUUUGCGAUUGUUAGCAAAUGUUCGCCAAAAACUCAAGGCUAACGGAAAACUGUCGGCAAGCGUUCGCAAAAUGUUCAUGAACUUGAACGCACCAGUUCCAUGGUUACAGUGGAAGCUACAGUAAUUGUUGCAGCAGACACUCUUCUAACGGAACGCUUCAGUUACGUUCUUGGUGUAGCCUCUACCCUGGAUGCAUGGUUACUGUUCCUGCAUCAGUGUGUUGUACAGCGUGCUGGAUGCAUCGUCACUGUUCCUGCAUCAGUGUGUUGUACAGCGUGCUGGAUGCCUAGUUACUGUUCCUGCAUCAGUGUGUUGUACCGCGUGCUGGAUGCCUAGUUACUGUUCCUGCAUCAGUGUGUUGUACAGCGUGCUGGAUGCCUAGUUACUGUUCCUGCAUCAGUGUGUUGUACAGCGUGCUGGAUGCCUAGUUACUGUUCCUGCAUCAGUGUGUUGUACAGCGUACUGUCCACACAUGAUGUGCUGCUUGAGACUAAACCAAGAGACUGGCUGUAGCACAUACAGUACAGCAGAAUGAGAUUCCCUCACGCUUUGUUUCAAUAUUUGAGUUAACAGAACCAUGCGUUGUAUUUAUUUCCUUCAAUAAUCCCUAAAAUGUGUUGUUUGGGUCUGGCUUUGUUUGUAAGAGGGAUACUGUGAUAGCUGGGCAUAUUUGACACAUAUACACUGCGAUGUUGACCCACUCACACACACACACACACACACACACACUCGGACGCAUACACACAAACACACACUCGGACACAAACACACACACACACACACACACACACUGGAGAGGUCAGAUUAAGUGCCCUUGAAAAAACGCUGUAAAAGUUGUAUGUGUUUGUGUGAAGAGUGACCGCUAGUCCAGAGGAGGCUGUUGAGUGGAGUAAAUAUAAAGUGCCCAGCUGGACGCACCGCAUUGUCCAUAUGGUUGGCUGGUUAACACUCGUUAUCACUCAGAUUAACACCCCGUUAAAACUCAGAUUACGGUGUUCUCCCGUUCUCACUCAGAUUACGGUGUUCUCCCGUUCUCACUCAGAUUACGGUGUUCUCCCGUUAUCACUCAGAUUACGGUGUUCUCCCGUUCUCACUCAGAUUACGGUGUUCUCCCGUUCCCACUCAGAUUACGGUGUUCUCCCGUUAUCACUCAGAUUACGGUGUUCUCCCGUUCUCUCUCUCUGUCUUGUCCUCUGUUCUGCUGGGGAGUCCUCAGUAUAUUCUCCACUCCUGUGGCAUCUUUAAUUAGCACAACUUUUUAAUUCACUCGACUCUUUAAUUCACUCGACUCUUUAAUUCACAUGACUCUUUAAUUAGCGACUCUUCCCUGUGAUUCUCUUAGCUGCGUUAAGUGCCUGCUGCGUACUUUUGAUGGAGUGCAUUCAGAGGUGGAGUAGUGGUGAUGUCAUCACCUGACCACCGGUCAGCCUGGGGCUCGAUUCCCGAGGCCGUGGUCGUGAGUCCAUAUAGGUGUGGGAGAAUGCGGCUCAAAUACCAGUCAACUUUAACUUUUAAAAACGAUGGAUGUUGGUGUAGUGAACUUGGUGUGAUGUCAUUACAUUUCUGCUUUAUUUAUUCUGUGGAGUUUGAGAAUUAAACUGAUUCCAACUGUU